AUGACCAAGGCACUGCGGUUCUACCCGGCGGACUAUGUGCGUGAGCUGGUGGCGCACAGCCAUGCUUUCGUGCUGCGCACCGCCCCGCCCAAGCAGAUGGCCCGAGCGGAGGCGAGGUCAGUGGUGAAUGAGGAGAGGGAGAGCGGGUGGUGCUGCUGCUCGCUCAUGCAGCCAAGGGCCUCGUGCACUCAAUGCACUCCAAGCCCCCCCCCACCCCCCCUUGCUGCUGCGCCUGCUGCUGCUGCCCUCCUCUCUGCGCCCACCAGCGCUGCUGCUGCUGCAGGGCCAGCCAGGCAAGUACGGCAGCAGGCAAGUACGGCAGCAGGCAAGUACGGCAGCAGGCAUGUACGGCAGCAGGCAAGUACGGCAGCAGGCAUGUACGGCAGCAGGCAAGUACGGCAGCAGGCAAGUACGGCAGCAGGCAAGUACGGCAGCAGGCAUGUACGGCAGCAGGCAAGUACGGCAGCAGGCAUGUACGGCAGCAGGCAAGUACGGCAGCAGGCAAGAACGGCAGCAGGCAUGUACGGCAGCAGGCAAGUACGGCAGCAGGCAUGUACGGCAGCAGGCAAGUACGGCAGCAGGCAUGUACGGCAGCAGGCAUGUACGGCAGCAGGCAUGUACGGCAGCAGGCAUGUACGGCAGCAGGCAUGUACGGCAGCAGGCAAGUACGGCAGCAGGCAAGUACGGCAGCAGGCAUGUACGGCAGCAGGCAAGUACGGCAGCAGGCAUGUACGGCAGCAGGCAUGUACGGCAGCAGGCAAGUACGGCAGCAGGCAUGUACGGCAGCAGGCAUGUACGGCAGCAGGCAUGUACGGCAGCAGGCAAGAACGGCAGCAGGCAUGUACGGCAGCAGGCAAGUACGGCAGCAGGCAUGUACGGCAGCAGGCAUGUACGGCAGCAGGCAUGUACGGCAGCAGGCAUGUACGGCAGCAGGCAUUUGUGACACGUGUGAUACGACUGCUUGCCACCCAUCUCAUCCCAACAACUGCCGCCCCUCUGCUCUCCCUGCUCCUCACAACCGCCUCGCAAGCAGUGCAGGGGGGAAGGGAAGCGCGCAGGGGAUGGGCGGGUGCCCAACCAGCUGCUGCCAGCUGUCACUCUCUGUGUGCUGGGGCUGCUGCUUUUUAA